AUGGAAUAAAACCUAUAAGAACUCCUCAAAGCAGAAAAUGAAGUUAACAAGAGAGUUUCUGAGGCACUCCAAAGAAAGAAUCAACGCCUUAAGGUAAUCAAGGAAGAGGCUGAAAAGGAGCUCACUCAAUAUAGAAUUGACAAAGAAGCUGAGUAUCAAAGAGAACUCGCUAGGUUAAAACAAAAAAUUGCAGAGGAAGGAUCAGCAGAUGGUAACCAGGAACAAAGAGACAUGGACAAUAUUCAAAGGGAUUUCCAAAAGAACAAAGAGAUUGUUGUAGACUUGCUUGUAAAGAAUGUUCUUUCAGUGAACAUUGAAAUCCCUAAGGUAGUCAAGGGAACAUUCUGA